ACUGACCUGACUUGGGGAAAAAAAAAAUAAUGAAAGAACGAUUGCUACCUGAUGCAGAAAACAGACUGUGAGUCUGUUGAAAGAGGCCGUCACCAUUUUCAACUAUGGCCGCUAUGCUUCAUGUGUUUGUGAUGACCUGUCUGCUGUCGAUGAUCCUCUCCCAAUCGAUGUAUUCGUCACCCAAGAAAGGACGCAACAUUACUAUCCACUCCUCUAAUCUGGUUUGUAGCCUACCAGGUCCAGUGGGGCCUGCGGGGAAUCCAGGAGCCCCUGGGUCACCCGGGGCAAUGGGACCAGUGGGGGUGCCUGGGAAGGAUGGUCCAGAUGGGCAGGAUGGAAAGAAAGGAGAAAAAGGAGAUGGAGGUGAUCACGGGAGGCUCGGAAAUCCAGGCAAACCAGGUUUAAAAGGCAGCGCGGGCCUCAUUGGCAAGGCUGGACCUCGGGGACUAAAGGGCCAGCGGGGGUCACCGGGGCUGGCUGGACAGAGGGGAGAGAAAGGAGAUGAGGGGGACGUGGGUCAGAGAGGAGAACCGGGAGGCUGCGAUUGUGGCACGGCCGCUCGCUCGGCUUUCUCGGUGGCCGUGUCAAAGAGUUACCCCAAGGAACGAAUGCCCAUCCGCUUCAGCCGCAUCUUGCUCAACGAGGGCAACCACUACAAUGUAAGCAGUGGAAAGUUUGUGUGCGCCAUCCCCGGAGUCUAUUACUUCACCUAUGACAUCACUGUGGCCAACAAGCAUCUAGCCAUCGGGCUGGUGCACAACGGACAGUACAAGAUUAAGACGUUUGAUGCAAAUACAGGGAACCACGACGUGGCGUCUGGUUCCACUGUCCUCCAUCUGCAGCAUCUAGACCAGGUCUGGUUGCAGAUCUUUUACUCAGAGCAGAAUGGACUCUUCUUUGACCCCUUCUGGACUGACAGCACCUUUACAGGCUUCCUCAUCUAUGCUGAUCAGAAUGAUACAAGAGCUAAUUUACAGGAUGCCACUUGAUAUUUAAAUUCACUGAGUUCUUUUUCUCCAUCCUUUAUUUUUAUCUUUUUUAACAUCUGCCUAUCCCUGCUUCUGUGAAAUUUAACAUUCGAGUCAGUAAUGUCCAAUGUUAUAUAUUGCAUAUUUUUGAUUGGCUUGCGGUUAAUUGACAACUCUAAAUUGCCCGUAGGUGUGAACGUGAGUGUGAACGGUUGUUUGUUUGUAUGUGCCGUGCGAUUGGCUGGCAACCCCGCCUCCUGCCCGAAGAUAGCUGGGAUGGGCUCCAGCACGCCCGCGUCCCUAGUGAGGAGAAGCGGCUCAGAAAAUGGAUGGUUGGAUGGAUCGAUGGUUGGCUUGCCGCAUAUCAAUUAAAAACCAAAAUUUCUAAUGUUGAAAGAAAUCACACCAUUUAAACUAAAAAUGUAAACAAGUUGAAUUUUUCAGCAUAUAACACUUUGUAUUUAAAAUUAUUUUUUAAUUUUAAAAAAGUUGAAUGAAAAUUGGCCACACUUUUUUUUUUAUUUAAAUGUACAAAACAUUUUUUAAAAGUUGAAUCUUACAAGAUAGUACUUUUGUUUUAAUUAUAACAAAAUAUU